CAGGGAGUUGAAAUGUGUCUUUUAGCAUAGGUAAUACAUUGCAGAGCUACGCAGUCUUAGUACUGUGUUUCCCUUAGAUCUCACUAGCCAGGCGGUGUUAAGCCUAGAUACAGGAUGAACAAAUUCCCUGGGUGAACGCUCUACACCCCGUAGCAUACAGCGAAGCCCGUCCUCCUCAGCCUUUCAUUUCCACGCCUACAACUCUCCCUUUUCCCGACGACGCUGGCCAAGCCUUCCCCACUCUCCGGGACCGCUCCAAAGCCCACCUCAUGCUGGGGCAGAAACGGCUGCAGCAGGCCGGACGCUCAGCCCCAGGGAACGGAGGGGGACGAGCUGUGAAGAGCGGGUCUAUCUUCCCCAAUGCCCCAGAGUAUUUUACUCACCUGCUCAUAGGCACUCAUGCCUUGACACCACCCCCUCCUGGCUGCAUGGGAAUGAUUUCUCAGCACCUCCUCACCUGCACUCCCAGCUCUGCGUUCCCCAGGUGCGGACUGACAGGCUGUUACCUCUCCUUGUCUCCGCCUGUGAGCACGAGGGUUCCUCCCUACUGACUGCCGUUGACAACAGUUUUAUCCAAGCUAAGGAUGGAGGACUGGAUUUGACCUGGUGAACCGAAUGGCCAAGCGCUUUGGCUGACAUUAAAAGGAAUGAGACAUUUGCCUAGCACUGAAGACAGCAUCCAGGCUUUCUGCGAGACCGCGGCAUACCUGUGGUUACCCUGGGAAGGGGAGGCAUCCAGUCACCCAGAACAGGAGCUGCAGGGAGCAGCUGACAUUUACAGCUUGCACAAACAUCUCUGAACAAAGUGGCCAUGUCCUACGCUCUGCUCUUGCUGCUGCUCUCUCUGUCCGAGCCCAGCUUGUUGGAGAGCGAGCCUGAUGCGAGGAGCUCCGUCAUUCUGGCACUCGAGAAAGCGACUGUCUUCAUGGAGAGUCAGUAUCAGGACAUCAAUUUAGAUGCGGUGUUGGGAUUUCAUAUUUUGCAAGGUUAUUUGAGAGGAACUCUAGAAAAAUGGUCCUCAGCGCAUGAAUCGCUUGCUCAGCAUGCCCGAAUUGAAAGCUUGCUGAGGAAGCUAUCUUCUCUGAUUGAAAAAGCAGCACAUUUUCUAGCACAGAAUGACCCCAAAUAUUUCAAAGAAUUUGAACCAGUUUUAGGACCACACUUUUGGGUCUUUCCUCGGUUGUGGAACCAGACUGAUCCCUUGCUGGCCUACACUGCCUUUGGUAGUACCAAGUGUCUUACAGAAGAAAUGAGUGACUCAUGCUUGACUUAUUUGCUGGGAACAUGGAAAGAAAGUGGCAAGUCCUGCAUUGUCACAAGCACCUGUAGGAACAUAAUGACAAAGCCUGGUUGCUCAGAUUACUCCCUGUCCCAUCAGCUUUUUUACUUCCUAUUUGCUGAUAUGAAAGGAUGCUCAGAUCAUCUGUUCCUGAGGGCCCAGUAUUACAAGAAUAUUUUCUGUGCUAGCAUGAUGAAAAUAAACCUGGCAAUUGAAAGCAAUGGAUUCAAGUUCUAUUCUCGAGAUCUCUUCAUGGAAAAUAUUAUGUUCUGUGGCAUGUCUGGUUUCUCUGACUUCUACAAACUCAGAUGGCUGGAGGCCAUUCUCACCUGGCAGAAGCCUAAGGAAGGAUGCUUUGGAAAACCUAGUAAAAAUUUUGAAGACACCUCUGGAGGAGCAGACCAAAAGCAUCUGCUAAGGAGAAUUAAGAGAAGGGAGAAGUUGUUUGCAGAUGGAUGCUCCUCUCAUAACACGGCUGUUGCAGUAGGAGCGCUUGGGGGGUUCCUGUACUAUUACUGCUGACAAGGAUGGUGCAUUACAGCCUGUCAACUGGGAAUGCCACUUCCACACAGAGGUGAUUAACUGGCCCUUGAAUAAUACCAGUGCUCACUCCAGAGUGAAAUGACUUUAAAGCACAAUCUUCUCUUGUAACACAAGGAGCAGCCUCACAUUGGGAGCCAGUUUUUAAUUAUAGCAAUACUGGAUAGUCCUGCUCAAUGCUGUUUUUACUAACAAGUUUCAGAGUAUCCCAGAGGGUCAGAGAUUGUUUCAGCGCAGCCCUAUUACCACUGACCACAUACAUUUUUCUCUAGCUCAAAUUCCACUAUUUCCAAAGAGAUCUUCAACUUUAUUGGAACUGGAUUAAUAUCUUGGUCAUUUCUGUGAUAUCUCUCAAUUUGCUGUCUCAAGCCUUCAUCCUGCCAGGUAAUAAAUACCUUCAACACCUGCAUUCCACUGGGUGCUACUAUAUACACAUAACAAGCAAUUUCCAACUAUUUUGAGUUUGCUGAUACCUAUUUUCUGGUGGAAAUGCAGAUGUCAAGAGCAAACAGAUGCCUCCUGACACAAACAUUUACAUUAUUGCCUUGCCAACACCCUAUGGAAAUAAUUGAUGAACCCUAGGGUGAAAAUCAUUAAGUUAGAGCCUUUUUUUCACGAGGUCGAAGCUCUGUUAGUUGCAUUGACCAUGAAUGAAAUAAAAUGUGUCACAGAGUACAAAGAACAAAUGGUAUUUCUUCGCUACAGAUAGACAUGAAUAAAGGAUGCUCUUCCACCGACCCUGAUGGCCACCCAAUCUGAAUGUUGCCAUCGUGGUACUCCGGUUAUUUUGCAAAAUUUUUCUUUCUUUUACCAAUAUUACAAAAACAAAUGUUAGAUAUUCAGCUUCCACUAUAAUUCAAUUCUCCAUAUUGCUUACCACCAAAUUUGUAGUAGCAAUAAAACCUCUUAUACCAUGCAACUAAUUAGAUGUGUGGGCAUAUUGGCUCAACAUGAUAGUAAAGCCUUGAAUGUUUGCUCAAAGAUCCGUUUUGGAAUGAAUCUUUUUCUAAUUAGAGAAACAAAGACCCAAGUCUUUUCAAGGGAAGACAGCUGGCCCUGAUCCCUAAGCUACCCUUACACAUAACCCCUGGCAUUGUCAGACACAUCUAUGCAAACUUGUAGGAGAUCUGUGCUUUUGGGAUCUCUUGUUUCAUUCUCACCUAGUAUCUGACAGCUACUUGCUUAUGGUAGUAUAUUCACUUAAUGCAAAAGGGAAAUUGCUUUUCAUAUUUACUUCCUUGAAUAGAGUGCAAAUAUGAUGUCCUGUGAUGGCAUCAAUGACUGAUUGUUUCCUGGAGGCAUAACACUGCUAAUUCCAUAUAUUUGUAUUUUCUGUCAGGUUAUUAAAUUACUCAAAAUUACUUAAAUUUUUAUUAGCUUUAUAGAAAUAGUGAUGUGAGUUUAUAUAUGUAAAGUUGCAGUGUCUAUUAGUUCUUUUGGCCUAUCUAGUCUUCAGAGCACUUGGCUUCAGAAAGAUAAAUAUGGUAUAGUCAUCACUUAUAUCUGAAGUUCUGAAAAUAGGAAUAGAGCAAUGAAUGGAUUUACAAGAGAUGCAUUUUGUGAGCGAACUGAUUUCUGCAUGUAAAAUUCUUCAUAUUUGUUGAAUAACAAUUAAAAUUUUUGGAAUGCUC